UAUCAGGAAUCAGCUGAUUGGUGUAAACAAAUCCCACGGAUAACAAAUAUUGUUAAAGUGUCGCAAAUUUUUUUUUCUCCAUAAUUAUUUUUUAAGGAAAAUGCGGUUAAAUGAACAGAUCAAAAUUCUCGGUCGCAAGAUCAUCCUAGUGCCCUACGAAGCCCGCCAUGUGAAGAAAUACCACGAGUGGAUGAGCAACGAUACUCUGAGGCAGUUGACCGCUUCGGAAGAACUGACAUUGGACGAGGAGUACGAGAUGCAAAUGAAUUGGCGCAAGGAUGACGAUAAACUCACUUUUAUUGUGUUGGAUGCGGAGAUCUAUAACCGUGGAAAGGAUGAAAUAGCCGCCAUGGUAGGGGACACCAACAUCUUCCUGCACAGAGAUCCAGAUAUUGAUCAACAGGUCGCGGAAGCUGAAAUCAUGAUUGCGGAACCUGAUGCGAGGGGCAAGGGUUUUGGACGAGAAGCCAUGCUCCUAAUGCUCAAGUACGCCCAGUCGCAUCUCAAACUUGAUAAAUUCCAAGUCAAGAUCGAUAUGGAUAACGCUACAUCCCUGCAUUUGUUCGAGAGCUUUAGAUUUGUGGAGACGAAUCGAGUAGAGGUGUUUCACGAGGUCACCCUAGAACGCCUUAUCACUCCCGAUUGGAUCAGCUGGCUGGACCAGCAGGUGGAAUUACGAAUCAAAAGAUAUGAAAGGAACGAUUUCCAACCUUGAUAAACUUACUUUGGAAACCAUCCAAAAUAAAAUCAAUAACCCUUUAAAAAUCA